UGCCUGAGCAGUGAUGGUGUGGGCACCCAUGUGGCUGCUGGCUUCGUUCCUGUGCCUUUCGCCCCUCCUGGCACACAUCUACUCUGAAGACCUAGUUGGCAUCAUGGGAGAAAAUUUUACUUUUCCAGUACAAAUAGACCGAAAAAUAGUGGAAACUGUCUGGAAGAAAAACAAAGAUAAAGUGGCUGAAUGGGAAGAGCAAAAUAAACCGACAUAUUUUGGUCCUCUCCGCGACAGGAGUGUACUUAUGGAGAAUGGAUCCUUGACUAUAGUUAACUUGGAGAAGGAUGAUGCUGGCACAUAUGAGUUACAGUACUGGGAUUCUGUGACAGAUCACCACUUAAACUUUGUACUUUUUGUGUUAGAUUCCCUUCCAGAACCUAAAAUAAGUUGCAACACCAGUGGUGAUGAACUUGUACUAAGCUGUACAGCAAAUUUCCAGGGGUCUCUGAAUUAUGCUUGGAAGCUCAGUAACGAUCCACGCAGUUAUCAGAACCAGGAGCUUUCCAUCCCUUUGGAGAAUGUUGAUAUUACCACCAAUGCUACAUGUAUCAUUAAAUUUUCACAAACGGAAAGGAGGUCCGAAAUCUCUUUGAUUCAAUGCCUUCCGGAAGAAAAAGGAGACAGUUUUCACAAACGACAUAGAUACUACCUUAUUGCAGCUAUUAUCCUAAUAGGAGUCCUAGUAGGAAUCCCAGUACUCCUGCACAGGAAAGGUAUAAUUAAACUUGGAACAGGAAGAAGAACUGCUCAGAAUAACAGUCCAGUGAAUGGCUCAGGAGAACAUGAGCAACUUUUCCCUGGGAUCAGCCAAAAACAAUCUAACUCAGAGGGAGCUGCAUUUUCACACCCUGUUCAUUGUGAGAAUGAAGAGCCUGAAGCAGACAGAGCAUUGAAUGAGAAUGACAGGGACGUGAAUGAGAAAGACAAGCACAUAGUUAAGAAUGGUGUAAAUCAGGAAGAAGUGACCCAGGAUACAGAAGGCGGAAAUGGGGGGCACCUGGACAACUCUUCCAGCUGCACUAAAGAAGAUCCUAAAGCAGAAGCAAAUAAUUGCUUUGUUACCCAAACAACUAUGGAAGAGAAGCAGUAGAAUUCAGUGAUGAAGGAGGUGCUACCUUUUCCCUUGAAGGGCUUCCACAAGCAAUGAAGUUGUCAGAGUGUCAUCAAGAAGCACUUUAAAGACAGGCUGAACUGUUUCCAGUGCCUAUUUUUUCUGGAAAGACAGCCUCCUUUUCUAGUGCUACUAUGUGAAGACAAAUAGGCCAAAUCAUGGACAAAAUAUUUUGAAUUAUUUUAUAUGAUUUUAACAAACCAUAUGGUUCAGCAUUUCACAAACCUUAUGGUUUGUUAUAUGGUUGGUUUUAUAGGUUUUUUUUACUAACACACUAAAGCCUCUUUGUAGUUGAUAUUUAGAAAUUUGCAAAGUUUUAUAUAUUUGCAUGAAUGUGGACAAAUCAAAAACUGAUGAGCUUUCACUUUUUUAUCAGUGCCUUUAUACAGUCAGAAAAAACUUUCAUCCUUCAGCAGGCCCAGAUGGGUGGAAGUUUGCAUUUUCUAGUCUUGGUUCUAGACAAAGCUAUGUCCUAGAGUUGCUAGAUGCCUGGCGAACUGAUCAUGUCCUGACACUGGUUCAUUCUGUGAUAAAACUACAUUUUAGCUUAUUGUUGCACUGAAACAAAGGUGUUAUUAACAGCAGGUUUGGGCUUUUCCUAAAGCUUUUCAUAUUUUUUUAACUUUUAGGAUUUUUAAAGCCUUUGCACUUCAUAUUCUUCUAAGAAUGUCAUCUCACUUUUACUCAUUCCUAGGAAAUAAUAGUAUGUUUUUAAGUUGCUUGAGACUAGAACAAAAACUUGAAAACUGAGGUUGCGUAUAUAAUGAAAUUUAAAAAUAAUCAAAAAGAAAAACACCAUGCAUUAAUAUUUUCAGAACAUCAAGCUAUAGAGUGUUUUUCAUUAUGUUUACAUGCUGGUUGUUUAUGAAAGUUGAAAGCCAAUUUAAUUCAUUUUGAACAUAGUAUGUGUAAAGAAUCAUGAAGGUUUGACACUGGUAACCAGAGAUCUGAAGCUUCAGGUUUCCACUCCCACAAUUCUCUCUGUAAAUAUUUGUAAUUUAUUUAAAAAAAUACUCAAGAUGUAAAAAACUUUGUCAUGUCUUUUUGUAAUAUAUACAUGCAUUUUUUUAUUGAACCUUAAAAGUUACUAACUGAUCACCAAAAUAAUCUUAACCAAAGUGAUGUAUUUUAUACGGGGUUUUUGUUUAUUUGUUUGGUUGCUGUGUUUUGGGGGGGUCAGUAUUCCUGACCCAAGUGUCCUUCUCCAUUCCACCUUCAAUAAAUUUAUCAGGAUAAUGCUGUCUGCUUCUUAAUAACUUUUUAACAAGUCUCCACACAAAGUUAUCCUUUGUUGUGAUUAUCAUGGUAAAAGUAAACCUGUAGCUUGUUUGCCUGCUUGGGCAAAGUCUUAUUUUCUGUUAUUAAUGUGAGAAAUAGUAGUUAAAAAAUGAUUGGUGGAACUAGCUGAAACUGCUCUCAGAAACGAUACCAGUUUGUGUCAUGGUCUCCGUUCAUGCCAAGCAAUUUCAUGCUAAACAACACAGAAAGGACUCAUAUAGUGUGGUUUUGAAAAUUCUUUGGCACAUGGUAUAACUUUGGCACAUGGUAUGACAUUGUUUCCAAAGCAAGAAGCAACAGCCUUCAAAAAUAGUAAGCAGUUGUGGUAAAUUAAACACAGUGGCUGGAAGUCUUCAGAAUAGUUUGUGGAAUUUUGGAACUUGAUCAGAGGUAGAAAAACCCAUUUACAUGGCAGGCUGACAUAGGACCAAGAACUACAGGCUCUACAGUCUCUCACUUCCAGCUUUCACCCUUUUACCAUGCACAGGUUCUUCUGUGUAUGAGAAAUUUCUGGUAGAAGUGCAAACUGCAGUUUUCAAAGCAACAGUGAAGCUUUUUUUUUUUUUUUUUUAAAUUGGUAUUGUUUUUUCUUUGGCUUUUAUAUGGGGUAGAUUUUGGGGUUUUUUUCCCCUAUAAGGAUGUGAAGUCAGACAUUUGGGAGAAUAAAUUCACCUGACUUCCCGCUGGUUUUGGUGACAGUAUUUGCAGUGCCAUUCCCUGUGUCCUUCUCUUCAAAUGUCUCCUCAGUAAC